UUAAAUCAAGUCUGGAGCUGCUCUAUUCCUGCUCAGUGAAGUCUGCUCCAGCCACAUGAACAGAAUGAAGGGCUGCUCUGAACAUUCUUUAGGUGUGCAUGACUUCCUGGCUGACAGGAGCAGAAGAUCCCAACACUCACCAUGUCCAGGGCUCCCCAGCAACACAGACCUGUCUGACCCUCUGUCGUGGACAGCCUGUUGGCAAUGCUGGAAAUCCAAAAGGCACAAGAUGCUGAAAGCUUUGGUAUUUGAAACGUGAUUGAAGGAUCCCCAUCCAUCUCCAGGACACCUCACUUGGAAACCCUGGAGGCUUCCUGCUUUGAACCAGGAGUCUGUGAAUCUGGCUACUUACAAAUGGUGCAUUUCAAGCUUGUAUUGAUUUGGAUGCAGCUUUGAGAAGCCAGAGGCACACCCUGCUUUGCUCACUGAAAAGCAGCCCUCGGUCGUCACAGCUCCACACACUGAGUAUCUCUUGAGUAGCGGCUUGCAGGUGAUUCCUUGCUUCUGGAGGAGCUCUGAAGACCUCUGCAGGAAUGCUGCCUUCGCUCCCAGCACUGGGAAUCCUCCUUUUGCUUGGUUGGCAGGUCACUGCUGCCUCUUCAGCUGGGACAUACCUGUGCUCCAGCUCCCCUGUCAAUGAAUCUGCUGUGUGUGCCUCAGUGAAAAGGAUCAGCCAAGAGAUGCUUCUUGAGGUAGCCCAUGGCCGAGCCUCCCCCUGCAGCUUCACUUUUGGUCAAUAUGCCUGUGCACAGAGUGCUUGGCUCCAGGACCUUCCGGAUGAUUUCCUUGUAUCCUUAUAUAUGUGCCUUGCCCCUAAGCCUGCCAGUGCUGUGGAUCCAGAAUACUCUGUUCUCUUCUUUUCCAAAUAUGAUGCCAAGAAGCUUAUAGCUGCUCUCACCAUGUUCAGCCAACAGUUUUCUCAUGUGCCUCUUUCUCUGGAGUGGAGCAUGAUCUUCAUUAAUGGCCUGUGGGAGAAGAUGUUGGAAGUGCCUGACAUUGACAGCCCCCCUGUUUUGUCUCAGUGGAUCCAUGAGGGGCUUCAACCAUUCCUGGUUAAGCCCAAGAUCUUUGCUUGCCUUCAUGCCAAAAACCUGUCUUGUGAGACAUUUCAAAUGAUAGUUGCUGCCCUGAAUGGCAUAUAUUCUGACCUUCCAGUGGAAGAACAGAGGAAUCUUUAUGCUGGGAUCAAACACUACCUCAUCCAGGAUGAAGCAAACCAGAAAUGCUACAAUGCAGCCAUUCCAGGUCUGAAUUCCACUGCUUGGUUUGGAAAUUAUCUUGGAUCGUUUUUGGAGCAUGCUACUGUUGGAGACCUGCAGCUUUUUGGUGAUGAAGCAACACUUCAAAGGUUUACGAGGGAUCCAGUCAAUAUACAGAUGAUCAGCAACCUCACCUUGCUCCGGGAGACAGCUCUGUACUAUACCUCACUAUUGACCUCUGGACCUGGUUUUCCUUUAUCAAGCCUCCCAGACAGACUUGUUUGCUACCUGAGCCCCUCUGCAGUGAGCAACCUGAGCAGAGAUGAUGCUUUGAGCUUGGCCCAGAGGAUCACCAAGAACUGCCCAUUGAACCAGACACACAGAGGAAUAACCGGAGAGAGAGCUCCCUCCUCCCUGACAGCAGAGGAACUGCAGGUUGCAUCCUCUCUGGUGAGAAAGUUUGAGCACUUCCCUCCUGAAAUCCUACGUGGAUUGGGCCAGGCUGCAGUUGGGCUGUCUAUAUCCAGCAUUGAAAACAGCAUCAGGGAUGAAGACCUUGAAGCAUCUAUUUCUGCCCUGGGUAAAGUUCGUGGCUGGAGUGCUGAGCAGUCCAGCACCAUUAUCAACAAACUGCUUUGCUCUGGCUAUCAGAUCACGGAUGGACAGAGCCUGGCAAAGCUGGGGAGCUUGGUGGCUGGCCUCAACAGCAGCAUGCUUCGAAGCCUGUCUUCAGAAGUGAUCUUGGAAGCCAUCAAGUUGCCUGAGUUUGUUGAGCAGAUGCUGCCCCUGCCCUCUGAUCUGAAAAUGGCAUUUGUGGAAAAGCUUUCCUCCAGUGUCCACCACCCAGCUGACCUGGUUAAAUAUGUCCCUGAUGCUCUGGCCAGUUACAUUCCAAAAGCAUUGCUGGUUUUUGAGGAGGAGAAGCCAAAUAUUCAAGAUAUCAACAGUAAAACGUGGACGAGAGAACAGGCUGCCAUGUUUUUCAGUGAUGUGAUAAAGACAGAGCCUGACUUCAGCAGGCUUUCCCAGUCAGUCCUCCAAGGCUUCACAUGUGCAGCUGCCAGUGAUGUGGGAGAACAAAGAUUUCAGGAGCUGGCCAAAGUCAUGAGGAAGAAGAAUGUCAAGCUAGGAGAGGACCAGCUGAAUUGCUUAGUGAAGAUGGUGACACUGCAUGGGAUUCCUGAGGAUUUAGACAGAUAUCCCAAAGACCUCUUGCUGUUUCUAAGUCCCUCAGACUAUGCAGCAACAGGAAGCUGCAGGCAGUACUUUGCUAAUAUUGGGGAAGCAAACCUGGAUCUUCUGCAGAGAGAAUCAUCCCAGCGGAAACAACUGCUCCUGGAAGCUUUAGCAUGUUUGAGAAUUCCUGGCACACGAGUAACUGAGGAAGAUGCAGAGGUUCUGGGACAUCUGGUCUGUGACCUGGGUGGAGAAUACAUUGCGAGUUCUGGUGGGAACCUGCUGAAGCAGUUAAACAAGUGUGACUCUUUCCUGCCUGACCAAGAAGAGGCCAUUAGGAGCAUCAUCAGCAGUGGUAACACUACGUUUGGACCUCCUGCAGCAUGGUCAGCUUUCACCUUGAAUGAGCUCAGUGGGUUGAUUCCUGUAUUUGAUCACAGCAUCUUGCAGCAGAUUCCCAAGAAUGCUUUCAUUGUUUGGCUGGAAAACUUUGCACGUGAUUCACCUCUGUCAAGGGAAGAGCUGGGCACUGUUGUUGAAGAACUCCUGCCUACCAGGCAUAAGCGUGCUGAUGGUUGCCCAGCUGGGAAGCAGAUAACAGAGAGUGUUCUUGAAGAUUACAUGAUGCCUCUUAACUACACACCUGGAGAGUUACGUGCUUGCCUGAAGAACGUCUCUCUGGACAAUCAUCUCCCUCAGAUGCUGACCUAUGCCUUCAGUGUUCAGCAGUUGGCUGUGCUGAAGGAGCAUCUGGAUGAGAUGUAUCCUGAUGGGUAUCCUGAAAAUCUGAUCUACCAACUGGACUCUCUCAUUGAUUUUGUCACCCCUGAGGAUGUUUCCAAAUGGAAGAUAUCUUCAGCUGACACACUGGCUGCCUUGCUCAGAAACAAGCCCCAUGAUGAUCAGGCUUCAGUAAUAAUCAAACGAUACAUUGACCUGGGAAACCCCUUGAAUGUCACUGCUCUGAAUGCAAUUGGUACCAGAUAUGUGUGCCUGCUAAAUGAGACGGAGCUGCAGAUGAUAGACUCCAACAGCUUGAAACUGGCAUCUCUGAAUCCCUCAGCCUGUUCAGAGCUCACAAAAGAGAUCUUGUAUGCUAAAGCAAAAAGUGCUUUCUCAGACCAGCGACGUUCACCUGCUUACUAUCAGCUUAUUGAACCGUAUCUGGGGGCUGCUCCUCCUGCAGAUAUCAAAGCUCUAAGCAAGGACAACGUGAACAUGAACAUUAGUACUUUUAUGAAGCUAAGAAGAGACUCUUUGAUGAGCCUGACACCUUUGGAGGUUGAGGGCUUGCUGGGGAUGCAUCUUGGUGACCUGAGCAAAUGGCAGACAACCUCUCCCAUCCGGGAGUGGGUCCAGAGGCAGAAACAAUCUGAACUGGAUAAACUGCAUGUUGGACUCUCUGGGGGAACACAAGAAGGCUACAUCAACCUUGUCACACCCAAAUUUCAGUUACCAUCCUCAGCCUCUCUGGGUACUGUGGCCUCAGCAUUCCACCUCCUGCCUGCUCUACUUACCAGUUUCCUGAUGAUGUGGGUCUUCUCUUGAAAGUCUCCCCUCAAAAGAAAGCAAGAUGAGGAGGACCAGCCUAUGACCUGCUCUGAGGCCUGUUGGGACAGCCAUGCCUGAGGGGGUGAGGGGGUGCUCAGUGCUAGCAGGCAACUGUCCUGCAGCCCAGGGUUCACUUUUAGGUACUUUUGUCUUUCAAAUCACUUGGAAAAACAGUGUUGUGUCUGAAGGGAGCACUUCAGACUCUUCAGAACAGGAUCUUUGCCUUUUGUACAGACCAAGCCCAGGUAAGCCCCAGCCAUAACACCACAGCACAAAUGAUGUCAGUAUCUCACUGCACAACCCUGGUGGGUUUAAGGGUGAUCAAAUUGGCUGCUCUGAGCAAUAUAAUUGUUAACAUGCAAAGAGCCUCCUCCCUUGCCACUGCCAAGACCUCUGAGUGGGAGUGAAGUUUUCCAGCUGAUAGUAAAUAAAUAAUGGAAGUAAGUAAAAAA